AUGGCCGCUUCAAGUGCGAGCAACACGCGACUCAACGAGGCGUGCUCGCUCCUCGUCCAGUCGCCUCCCGGCCAGACGUCGCAGGUGUACCACGACCUGCGCGGCAUCCUCUUCGACGCCGAGUCCAACGCCGCCGACAAGAUCGACGACGCCAAGCUGCAGGCAGCCGCAGCCGUCGCGCUGCAGGAGUACAACACGCAGCAGCUCGUCACUGCCACGCUCGACGCCGAUGCGUCCGGCUCGAGCGCGAACGCCGUCGUCAUCUGCCAGGCAGGACAGGCUCCCAACCAGCCCAGCGACGCGCAAGCUGCACCGGGCGUGAGGCGGUACAUCCACCCGCGCCUGCAAAAGACGUUCCUCUUCGACCACAUCAAGCGCACCGUCUCGGACGUUCAGGAUCUGGAGCCGGCAGAUGAAGAGGCAGAGGAGCAGAGGAAGGCCCUCGAAAAGGCGCUCGACGAGUACGUGCGCGACAGGUAUCCAGACGGCGUCAGCUCGGUGUUUGCCGUGUCGAGCGCGCCCGUGCACGAAGCAGAAACGCUAGCCGAGUCGGUGCAGAAGGCGGCCGAGAGCGAUGCAAGCGCGCCCGCAGAGAACACGGCGGCCGUCAGCGCCGACAAGGAGGACAAGGACGACGAGCCCAGUGCCGAAAGCGACGAGGCUGCAGCAGACGACAAGGACGAUCCGGUCGCGGCCGUGGAAGCCGCCGAGGCUGUCGAGUCGUCGUCCGCUGCCGCCCCUGCCGCCGCCGCCGCACCGCGCGUUCCUGUCAAGACGACGUACGUGCUGCAUCACGUGGGCAACCGAUACAACCUGUCGAACUUUUGGUCGGGACGGUGGCGGGCGUCGUACGUGGUGGAUGUCGAGGCGCGCGUGCUGACGGCGUCGCUGGGCGUGCACGUGCACUACUUUGAGAACGGCAAUGUGCAGCUCAACGCGUCGCGCCCGCGCACCUUUUCGCUCACCUCCUCCGGCGCAGCAGCGAUCGCCAACGAGGUGGCGACGCUCGUGGCGCAGCACGAAGACGCAUGGCAGGCGCAGCUCGAACAGGCGUACGACCAGCUUGCCGAACACGCCUUCAAGGCGCUCCGUCGACAGUUGCCCCUCACGCGCCAGAAACUCGACUGGGACAAGGUGCUCAACUACAAGCUCGGCGACCAGCUCGCGCGGUCCUGA